GAGGAGAUCUUGCUCGAGUUUGAUCCCCUCGCGAGCUCCGACGAGAAGGCUGCGCGCGAGGCAUGGGCGAGUACCACACCACAUCCGCCACCAUCUCCGGGUGCAGCGAGCAUUCCCAGCGAUGGUUCAGAGAAAGGUACAGACUACCAGUCAGUACCGUCUCCCCAGCCGCCUUCCACGCCAACUCGGCCAUCUCCUGUGCCAGCCUUCCCUGCGCUCGCUGCAUUCGCCCGUACUUUCUCCCUUCCUCUCGGCAGUCGCAGCCAGCGGCCGAGCUCCAUUGACCUCGCGACUUCGGUUCCAUCGCCAGCAACCCUAUCCUCCUUUGCCCAGCAGCAGUCUGCGCCUGCGACUCGUAGUACCACUGAUUUCGGAACCAGCGCGAGCCCCGCAGGCGGUAGCAGUGGGCAAAGCACACCUGCGGUUAUCGAGUCGCAUCGGGAUAGAGGAAGAGCGGUCGACAGGGACAACCCGCACUUUGACUUUCAGAAGUUUCUAGACCAGAUGAAGUCUAGGAGCGCGGAGCCUGUAGCGAAGUACCUCCGGUCAUUCUUGAGCAAUUUUGCGAAGCGCACGUUCACUGUGACUGACCAAGUGAAGCUCAUCAAUGACUUUUUGAAUUUUAUCUCUGAGCGUAUGCGUCAAUGUGAUAUCUGGCGGAAUGCCACAGAUGUCGAGUUUGACAAUGCUUUGGAGGGUAUGGAGAAGCUGGUAAUGAAUAGACUAUACGAGUUCACGUUCACUCCCCAAGUGGUACGAAUGGUGCCUCCACGGCCUGUCACGGUCGAUGACCUCGAGCGAGAUCGGGUGUUAUCUCAACGAAUAGCGCUGUUCCGCUGGAUCGAGCCAAAGCACUUGGAUGUACCAGAGGGUGAAGGUAGUGAAGGCUUCUUGACGUUCGCGCAGCAAGAGCUGUUGAAGGUCAAUCACUACAAAGCACCCCGGGACAAACUGAUAUGUAUACUCAAUUGUUGCAAAGUCAUCUUUGGCCUCAUCCGUCAUUUACGCAAAGAGGAGGGCGCUGAUACUUUCAUACCAGUUCUCAUUUACGUUGUUUUGAAGGCGAAUCCGCCUCACCUGUUGUCGAACGUUGAGUUCAUCAAUCGUUUCCGAAACCCUACCAAGUUGCAGAGUGAGGCAGGUUACUAUCUCUCAAGCCUUAUGGGAGCUGUUUCAUUCAUCGAAACAAUGGACCACACGUCACUAUCACAAAUUACGCAGGAAGAAUUUGAGAAGAAUGUCGAAGAGGUCAUACAGUCCCUACCAAGCACCGAAUCUGUGACACCAGAGUCGCGAACGCCGCCCAUUGUCACCUCACCGCGCUCUUCGUCUACGUCCCUUCCCUCUUCGCAUACCGGAGAAGAAUCCGCGCAGCCUCUUGCCCUUCCCACUCCUGCACAAGCAUUGGGAGAAGAUGCACGCCGCUUUCUUCAGAAGACGGGGGACACAAUAUCCAAACCGCUCAACGCCAUCGGCCGCAUAUUUACCGAGGUUCUCGACAACGCAGAAGAGUCCCUCUCAUCUCUACCCUCGCCAUUCGCGCCGGGUGACACGUUCCGUGGUCGGCAAGACAGUCAGCAGCAGAUCGAGCACGACCGCCAGCUUGCACAGUCGCUCGGCUAUGGGGUCCCGCAGACGCCACACGGUGCCGCAGAAACCCAUCAGCAGGCGGGCGGGUACGUCACACCCUACAAGCCACGCGUGCGGAGGGUCCCUACGCCAUUAUCGUCGGCUCAAUCGUCUGGGUCGUUCCAGUUCAACUCCCCUCCCUCGGAGGACACGCCCACCCGGCCGCGAGCUGGGACCGGUCCAUACACUAACCAACCGUUGGCUGUGGGUCCCUCUCAGAGCGCGUCAGCUAUCCGAUCAAGACCAGGCUCCCUGGAUCUUCGUCCUCAAUCGGCGCAUGUCUCACGGACGCCGACGCCUAAUCUAGAUCUGGCUGGCCUUCAAGACGAGAUCGACCGUGCUCAUGAGCGGGCCGCUGUGGCUGCUCGGGAGACCCUCCGCCAAAUCUUCCCGACGACAGAUCCUGAGAUUGUGGAAUGGGUUCUGGAGGCCAACGAAGGUGACCUCGGCAAGAGCAUAGAGGCGCUAUUGGAGAUGAAU